CCUACAGGGACAGCAUCUGCGGAGAUGGCGCUACGACUCUUCUUCAUCGUCUCUCUGGCGAUCUUUGCUCUGACGACAGUGUGUACCUAUAACCUAAAUAGAAGCUGCAAACCGGGACGGCCCUUCAUGAAAAAGUGUAACAUCUGCUGGUGCGCCUCUGAUGGAACUCCUGGGGGCUGCACCAACUACAAGUGCCCCGAUGAUGUUGCAGCAGUCACUAGUUCCAGUGCGUUGUCCGAUUCGCGCAUCGUCGGUGGGAAAAAGGUGAAGCCCGGCGAAAUCCCGUACCAGGCGCUGAUGGUGUCUGACUACUCAUCGAUUUGCGGUGCAUCGCUCAUCUCCAAGUCCGCCGUCCUCACUGCGGGACACUGCGUCAAAGAUUUCAAUACGUUUCAAGUGACGCUGGGGACCAUCAAACUGUACUCCUUCGACUGGGAGGACAACUUGGAGCGCGUUUACAGCCGCGAGGGUGUAGUCCACCCUUCCUACACGAGCGUGUCUCUCAAACAUGACGUGGCUGUUGUCCUCCUGAAACCCGAAGUAGCCCUAAGCUCGUACAUCCAAUUAGUGGACCUGCCUUCAUAUUCGAUUGCUAAUGAGACAUUUGUAGAUUAUAAAGCCACUGCUUCUGGUUGGGGCAGAACAGCAGACAUGCAUGAAACUUCGGAAUAUCUGCAGAAGGUAACGUUGGACAUCAUCUCCAAUAAGAAAUGUUGGAAGUACUACGGUAGGAUGUCGGUGACUUCAUCCAUUCUGUGCGCCCAAGGAGACAAAAACAGGAGCACAUGUAAUGGAGACAGCGGCGGUCCUCUCACGGUCAACCACAAUGGAGGACGCAUGCUCGUCGGCGUGGUCAGCUUCGGAUCCGUUAGGGGUUGCGAGCAAGGAAUUCCAGUUGCCUUCUCCCGAGUCACCAGUUAUCUGACGUGGAUCGAAUCAGCAGCCGGUGUGAAGAUCAAUUCGACACGGUAGUAAUGAAUCGCGAACAGUGACUUUUGUAUCUGCUCCAGUAUCUGCAG